AAAGAUCUCGCGAGAGCUCGGCCUGCGAGCUUGUGGCCGCCCCCUGUUCCCCGACCUCCCGGCUGCGCUGCAGCGUCAGCUUCACUCGGCCUCGGCGUCGGUCUGCUCGCCCCGGCGCUCCGGGCUCGUCCGCCUUCCACCUUCUGCCCGGCCUAGGCCGCAGCCCCGGGCCCGCGUCGCGCCGCCCCCUAUGGGCCCCGGCUGAGGCGUCGCCGCUGGCCGUGGAGCCCCGAUGCUGGCCCGGAGGAAGCCGGUGUUACCGGCACUCACUAUCAACCCUACCAUCGCCGAGGGCCCGUCCCCCACCAGCGAGGGCGCCUCUGAGGCAAACCUGGUGGACCUCCAGAAGAAGCUGGAAGAGCUGGACCUGGAUGAGCAGCAAAGGAAGCGGCUGGAGGCCUUCCUUACCCAGAAGGCUAAGGUCGGUGAGCUCAAGGACGACGACUUUGAGAGGAUCUCAGAGCUGGGUGCCGGCAAUGGCGGAGUGGUCACCAAGGCCCGGCAUAGGCCGUCAGGCCUCAUCAUGGCCAGAAAGCUGAUCCACCUGGAGAUCAAACCGGCCGUGCGCAACCAGAUCAUCCGGGAGCUGCAGGUGCUGCACGAGUGCAACUCGCCCUACAUCGUGGGCUUCUAUGGGGCCUUCUACAGCGACGGCGAGAUCAGCAUCUGCAUGGAGCACAUGGAUGGUGGCUCACUGGACCAGGUACUGAAGGAGGCCAAGCGGAUUCCUGAAGACAUCUUGGGGAAGGUCAGCAUUGCGGUUCCUGUAUGGGACUUGGGGAUGUAUAUAUCACAUGCCUGCCAUGGCACUACCCUGUGGCUGGGGAGGCUCAUCACAGCCUAGCCAUGCUGCCCUGGACACACAGGCUACCCAGCUCUGACCUUCCUGUAGGUGCUCCGGGGCCUGGCCUACCUCCGAGAGAAGCACCAGAUCAUGCACAGAGAUGUGAAGCCCUCCAACAUCCUGGUGAACUCUCGCGGGGAGAUUAAGCUGUGUGACUUCGGGGUGAGCGGCCAGCUGAUCGACUCCAUGGCCAACUCGUUUGUAGGGACGCGCUCCUACAUGUCCCCAGAGCGGCUGCAGGGCACCCACUACUCUGUGCAGUCGGACAUCUGGAGCAUGGGGCUGUCGCUGGUGGAGCUGGCCAUCGGGAGGUAUCCCAUUCCCCCACCUGAUGCCAAGGAACUAGAGGCCAGCUUUGGCCGGCCUGUGGUGGACGGGGCAGACGGAGAACCCCAUAGUGUCUCCCCGAGGCCCAGGCCCCCUGGACGCCCCAUCAGUGGUCAUGGGAUGGACAGCCGACCGGCCAUGGCCAUCUUUGAGCUGCUGGACUACAUAGUGAACGAGCCACCUCCCAAGCUGCCCAGUGGUGUGUUCAGCUCAGACUUCCAGGAGUUUGUGAAUAAAUGUCUCAUUAAGAACCCAGCAGAGCGAGCAGAUCUGAAGCUGCUGAUGAACCACGCCUUCAUCAAGCGCUCUGAGGGGGAGGAAGUGGACUUCGCCGGCUGGCUGUGCAGAACCCUGCGGCUGAAGCAGCCCAGCACACCCACGCGGACUGCAGUGUGACAGCCAGCGCCCAGCAGUCUGUGUCCUUGUCCCUGUCGGCACAGUGGCCGCUGCCUCUGGGGACAGUGAUGCUGUUUGUUGUGGCAGGGGACCUAUGCCCAUGCAUUUGAAAACCAAACAAAAUGAAGAAAGAGAAAGAAAGAAAGAAAGCUAGCUGCGGCUGUGCUCCUGCCCAUUGCUUGUUGUGACCUCACUCAGCAGGUGGAAGAAGGGCAGGCCAAGGGAUGAGGAGACACUACCCUCACCUCCCUUCCUGGGCCCCAGCUCUUGCAGUGCACAUGCAGCCUCCUUCCUAGCAGGGGGUGUGGGAGCAGGGGACCCCUCUGGGCUCCAGGGAGCAUAGCUAACUCAGCAUAGUGCAAAGGCAGUGCCCUGCAUGAGAUCCGGAGGAGACCCCAGUGGAUCUGGGUCAUGGAACUCAAUGAGAGCCUCGCCACAGCCUGCAGCCACCCCACCAGGGUCCCACCUAUCCCACCAGUCAGUCAGACUCAGCCACAGUGGCCUGUAAGGGAAGCCUGAGGCCUCCUGCCCACAAUCUGAAUGAAGAGCAUUCCUGCUAACACAGAGAGAUACACUUGCUAAUACAGACCUGGUGCCCGAGCACUGUACAAGUCUGGGGAGUGUCUGCACCUUCUUGCUGCCCCUCUCAGGGAUGACAAAAGUAUUCCUUUUUCAGAUGCCCCAAGGAAGCCACCAUGUGGGGCUUCACAUGCUCCAGCCAGGUUGUCCAAGCAGGUGCCGUCCACCACACUGCUGGCUGCUCUUGCACUGUGCAGGGACCCCUACUGCCUAGGGGUGCCCAGUGUGGUGUGGGAGAGCAAUGCCUACUCUCCGCCUCUGCCAUGAGCUGCAUCCAUCCCUCACAUUCCUAAAUACUAGGAAGGCUGAGUCGGGAAAACGACAGGUUUUGGGCCACUGUGGGCUACCUAGUGAGAAUGUCUUACAUCAUGGAAAUGGUGCAAUCACA